AUGACGAUACCGAGAGUUUGGGACAUGAUAACAAGAAGGGGUAAACGGCCUUGGCUCUUGGAAGUGCGCUCAUCCGUGACUUUUAUUCUUUUGAUGGUGGCAAUUGCUGUUUUUACUGAUAUCUUUCCCUAUGCCGUCAUCGUGCCUGUACUACCAUUUGAGUUGGAGUCACGGGCUGGUGUUCGUGAAAGUAAAGUGCAAUUUUGGAUCUCCGUUUCGCUGGCGGCCUUUGGUAUAGCCGUCUUCAUUUCCGCACCCGUCUGGGGUAUUCUCGCCGAUAGAACAAAGAACCGACGAACUCCGAUGCUCGUUGGGCUUGCCAUCCUUACCGCCGCUACGUUUCUCCUUUGCUUCAUGGAAAACGUCGCCAUGUUGAUGCUCGGCCGAAUGUUGCAAGGCAUGACUAGUGCUCUGACGUGGUCAGUUGGCUUAGCUCUUGUCGUCGAUACAGUGCCCACGGAACGAAUAGGCUGGGCUAUGGGAUGGGUGGGCAUCGCCCUAGCCUUGGGCACGUUGAGCUCACCUUUACUAGGAGGCGUUGUUUUCGCAAAGGGUGGCUAUUAUCAAGUAUGGGCAAUGUGCUUUGCUUUGAUUGGCGUUGAUGUUGCCUUUCGUCUCUUGGUGAUUGAGAAGAAGAAUGCGGCGAAAUGGCUACAACAAGCGGAAACGAUGCAAUCUGAAAUCACCCACGUACCAAGCCGCAGCACGUCCUCAAAGGCAGAUGAUGCAGAGGAGACGUUGCAAAGCCAGCCAUACGACGACGAAAACCUCUGUGGUGAAAAGCAACCCGGCCAGCUGACCGUCAAGGAGAUGUUCGGACUGUUUACCAGCCCGAGACUUCUUGCUGCACUUUGGGGAACUGUGGCAGAAGCUGCUGUACUAGCGGCAUUUGACAGCACCCUUCCGAUUUUCGUUAAGGCGGCAUUCCAAUGGGAUUCUGUAGGAGCAGGGCUCAUAUUUCUUCCGUUGGUCUUUCCUACAUGUCUUGGCCCUGUCGUAGGGCACCUCUGCGAUCGAUACGGCCCCCGGUGGCUGUCUGCGUUUGGAUUCAUGACAUAUACUCCUUUCCUCGUUUGCCUUCGAUUCGUAACAGACAAUACUACGGCACAUAAAGUCAUGCUCUGCGGUCUCCUAGCCGGGGUUGGUAUUGGGGUCGCCUUCACAUUUGGCCCCGUCACGGCUGAAAUUACAUAUGCCAUCGAAGGGCGAUACAAAGAUCGGGGAGCGAAACCCAUCGCUCUGGGCUAUGCAUUGUACAAUAUUGCAUUUUCUGUAGGAGUUAUGAUAGGGCCUCUGCUGGGCGGGUUUGUAAAUGAAAGUGCGGGAUUCGGAACUGUGGGGUGGAGUUUGGCAAUCAUCUCGGGCAUCACGUCGAUGUUGUGUGCGACCUUCAUCGGAGGGCCGCCGUUGUGGAAGAAGAUGAGCCAGCGCGCCACUGAGGAAGACACCUUGUCAUGA